AUGGAUCCUUGGAGAAAGAUAACGAAUCGAACGAGCACAGUAUUUAGUUCAAUGGUUCAACGGUAUCUAAGUGAAACGAGGGAUACUCAUCAGUUCCGACGUAAAGAUAUAGAUAUAUAUACAUAUUUAUUUAUUAUAAAAAUGUUCGACGUGUUGACCAAGUCGUUUCAAUCCUUCGGUUUCUGCGUAAACGAUUUUGUACACGAAUCACAGGAACGAAAAAUUCCCAGAACGAGGGGAAUUACAGUCGAGAAUUUUCAUUUAUGA